UAUUCAUGGCAUAUUUACGAUUUAGAAUCGCCUUUGGUAUUAUUGCCAUUUUAUUUACUGUAAGAACAGACGCACUGACUGAAGAAGAAUUAUGGAGUUAUGACAGAACGGCCUAUAACGGUCCAGAUAAUUGGAAAUUAAUGUUUCCAUCUUGUGAAGGUGAUAACCAAUCGCCCAUCAACAUCGACAUUGAACAAACCCGCAUGAGUUCAGAACUUGGACCGUUAGUUUUUCACAAUUUUGAGAAACCGUUUGUGAACUCCGUUCUAUGUAAUAGCGAAUACACAGCAAACUUACUUCUAGAUAGACCAGAUCCGGUGGAAGUGGAAGGUGGAAACCUGGAGGGGACGUUCCAGUUUCAUAAACUGCUUUUUCACUGGGACAGUACGACUUCAAACGAAGGAUCAGAACAUGCCAUUAACUUGCUUCAUUAUCCUCUGGAGAUGCAGUUGGUGGCAUUUAACACAAAGUACCAGAAUAUUACUGAAGCAUUAACCUAUGGCGACGGUAUAGUGGCGUUCGCAGUGUUGUUUAAGUUAAGAGAAUCUGCAAAAGACCCAGCCAGUCUGAAAAUAAUCGUUGAAAACUUCGAGAAUAUUAGCAUUCCUGGAAGUUCUGCCAAGCUCACCUCGCCAAUAUACUUUCAAGAUUUAAUACCGACGGACACCACACGGUAUUUUCGAUAUCGCGGAUCAUUAACCACGCCGCCAUGUAGUGAAGGAGUAAUAUGGACCAUUUUUGAAGAAACGGUACCAAUAAACUCAAAUCUACUUAUAAAGUUCAACACGCUCAAGGACUCUAAUGGAAAUCCAUUUCAACAAUGUCAUCGACCAGUGCAGCCCUUGAAGAACCGACCAGUUCUAAAAUCGCCCCGAAACUUGACGGUUCAAACAACAACGUUCGAAAACAAAGUGGAAGUUUAG